GAAAGUGAGUGAUCACAGCAAAAGAUAGUUUGUUCAGAAUCGAAGGACGAGGCGGGGGAGUAGACGGAGGUCGUUUUGAGCUCUAGACAGGAACUUCAGAACUGGACGGCUGUGAAGAACUUCACCGGACCGGGCUGAGGAGGACCACCUGGACAUGGAGAAUGGACAAACAGACACAGAGGAGAAGACGGAGGACAUGACAGAAGAGAGAGAAAAAAGUGUGGAAGAAGCUGGACUGGAGAUCGCUCAGCUGCAGGGCCUGGUGGCGGAGCUGCGCGAGGGGCUCCAGGCUGCUCUGACGGAGCUGUGCGAGCUCCGCCUCAGGGACCACAGCCUGGAGGAGAAGCUGCAGGAGCACCAGACCGACGUGGACGACAAGAUCAUGGGCCUCAAGAACUCCCUCAACACAUUCAAGGAGGAGCUGAAUGUGGCAUUGUUCCACAUUAAAGACGUUUCCAGCAGACAGAGAGACGUUCAGAAGAGGAUAGAAAUGCUGCAGUCAGAAAACUGCAAAGACAUCAUCUCCACUCCACAGAGCAGAAAAGGUUCCAGGGCAGAUGUGCUGACGUCAUCAGGGGAUGAACACAUCUGUACGCCCAGCCAAUCAGAGCUCAGCGUCAUCCAGCAGUUUUUCUCCAAUCUGCCGCGCAGUGUGUCGCCACAGAGGAGCAGCACAUCCACACAGACGUCCAUCUCUGAGCAGGACGUUCAGCAGAGAGUUUGUCCGCCCAGAUCUCCAGUGUGGGGAGACAGAAACAGCAGCAGAGACGAGACAGACCCCAGCAGUCCACCUGAAAACAAUAAGAGGCAGAGAGCAGCUCUGGAGCUGCUGGAGUCAGAGAGAGUUUAUGUUUCUCAUCUGUCUCUGUUACUGAAGGCCAACAUCUCCUUCAACGGCUCAGAAGCUCUCACUUCCAAGGACAAACGUCCAUUUCCCAGCUGUCUGAGGUUCCUGAUCCAGCAGCACCUGGAGCUCCUCCACACUCUGCAGGAACGAGUGCUCAAAUGCCAGUGGCAAGGCAUCAUGGGAGACGUAUUCAUGAGGCUCACCAGCAAAGAGAGUGAUUUCCUGGAUUUUUACGUCUCCUACCUGAAGGAUCUUCCAGACUGUCUGGCGGUUGUCACCAUGCUCGCCUCCAGCUCCAUCAAGUCUUCUGCCUUCGUCGAGAGUGACAUCAUGGGAGAUGAAUCCAAACCGUCGCUCCACACUUUGCUCCUUCAGCCGGUUCAGAGGAUCCCAGAGUAUCUGCUGCUGCUACAGGGGCUUCUCCGGCAGACAGAUGCGGAUCAUCCAGACUACUACCUGCUGCUGGUUUGCAUCCAACAGUUCAGAUCCUUCACGGCUCAGUAUCACCACCUCCUGCAGCACAACCAGGAGCUGCUGCUGCUCAACCGCAAGGAGGUGAAGAGGUCCAGCAUGAAGCAGCUGCUGAAGACGGUGGAGAGCGGAGUCCCAGGAAACAACGUGGGCUCACCGUUCCCCUGCAGCACUGCAAUGAUGGAUCAUGCUAACCAGGUGAAGCGUAGAAAACAGUGUCUUCUGGAGCAGAUUCAAUCCCACCGUUUCCAGGAUUGGGAUCGAGACCAGGACCCUGAAACUCAUUGUUACGAUGCCGAGUGGCCGUCCCAGCUGCCUCUCUUCAGCCCCGAUCUGGACUCCAGAAACCACAAACCAACAGGUCUCGGCAGCAUCCCAGAGAGUGAAACCUCUGAUAGGCCCAUGUCCUGCCAGCAUCAUCUUCUCUCCAGAACUGCAGAGUUCCGUCAGGUUCAGCCGGGUUCUGCUCUGGCCGAUGCCCUCGGAGAGUUCCUCCUUCCUCCGGACCCUCCAGGGAUGGAGAGUCUCUACGAGGAGGACGGAGGUUCCCUUCACGAUGCGAAUAUGUUCGACCGCUGCUCUUCGGCCUCUUCCGAUUCCUCCAUUGACAUUGCGUUUGUGAAAUGCCCCAAAGCCCCGUCGGCGUCGCAUCACGCAGUAGCAGCAAACGUGUCGACAACCCGGGACGUGUUUGGUAACGGUGGAAGCCAAGGGAACGGGUACAGCAAACUUCCUAACAGGGGCUGCGUGUCUCCAGAUGAAGCCGUGAUGAUGCGCCGCUAUCAACACCGCCCCCUUCAGGCCAGCCAGCGUAAGAGCAAGUCUCUGAACGGGCUGCAGAUGGAGAACACAGUGAGCGAUAGUGGACCUUUAUCGGACCACCUCCAGAGGGUGGAACUGGGUAGCCACGCCAAGCUGGAGCGCCAGGGCAGUAAGGGCAGCAAAGGAAGCUCCACCCCGUCGCGUAAGGUCCAAACCCCUCUGGCGAAACGAGUGGAGGCCGAGAAACAGAACCAGGAUCUCCACGGGCUGCUCAGCAUUCAGGACUCUGGCAUCCAGUCAUGGGGCGAUGAGUCGAAAUGGAGGACCGGGACUGAGGAGAACAACCACGCUCAGUUUAGUGAGAGGAGUCGGAAGGACAAAGGAGGCUUCAGGAGCUCUUUCAAGAAGCUCUUCAAGAAGAAAACCGGUGAUGAUAAGAAGGACAAGGGAGGUGAGAAAACACCAGAACACCAGAAUGGCGAUCAUGAGAAGAACUCCAAAGCAGCACAUCUGGACAUAAACCGUGGAACAGCUGUUUGAACACAGCAUGCAAAAUGCACAAAUAUGCAAUAUAACACAUACAUUUCAACAAACAUACUAAUAAGUGUAAGCAGACUCCUAACUGCUGUAGAAAUGCUGUAUAGGUAGAAGCAACUUGUCCACUAAAUGUGCAUAAAUAGAAUUUUUAUUGGAAGACAAAGAUCCUGCCCCUGACCCUCACACUGAGGGAAAGCAUUUAAUAGGUUUUUUAAAAAAUAAAACAGCACUGAUGGUUGAGUUUUUGCUUGUAAUCGGUGUUAUUUUGUCAAACUUAGCUGUACAAACAUUGACUUCUUGUCGCCAAAGAGUCAACUUAUAUAACUGUGACUAUACAGUAGAGAAAAUAAGCUUUUUGUUGAUUAAAAUGUAAAUAUAUGAUCAUAAACUAGACCACCAGAGGACACAUUCAUCCCUGUGCUGUAGAUAUUCCUGCUCUAUUUCUAUUUUCUUAAUUUCCAGAGAACUAACACAUUUUCCCUUUAUGAAGGAGCUUUGUUUGCACUCUAACUUCUAAAUCUGUGCAAACUUCAACUCUCCACCAGUCUUCUUAGUUUCUUAAGCAAUAGCCAGAACUAUAUAUUGUUGUAUUUACUCAGGAGGACAUAGUUUGUGUAUCUUUUGUCCAUGUGGUAAUUAUUUCUAUGAACUGUUUUGUUAAGCUAGAGGAAUGUGACGAUGUCCAAUAAAGCUCCACUGACUGUU